UUUGCUAUAGCGUUUCUCAACCCGUGGCUUGGACACCCAAAUUCCCAGAGGAAUGCACAAAUAAUGCAUUCUGCACCAUCACAAAACAGCUCACUUUGUGCAAAGCUCUAGAAAAACGGGUGCAUCGUGGCUCUUUCCCAACCUUCCUGCUUCACUGCCCCUUUUUCACUUGGAGAAAUUCCUUUAGCUUCACCCCACAGGGGCUACCCAGCAAGAGGAAAUGUAACCUUUCUCCACCCAGCAACAAGAAUGCGAUGGUUUUGGAACGCUUCCCGUUUUCAUGUCGUCUCUGUCCAACAUAGCACAGCAGUUAACACUGGCCGGUACCUUCUCCCUACGCUUCAGAAACACAUCCAUAUAUCAAGACAUUAAUUCAUGGUUUAUUGUGAACAGCCAGGUUGUGUUUUCAACUCCUCCCUUCUGCGGCCACCGCCGGCAUGCACCGAGGGACGGCGCAGCCACGGCCUGCCGGGGCUCCGGGACGAGAAGCGUUGCCCUCGGCCGGGGCCCAAAGAGGGAGGAAGAGGGCUGCUGCCGAGCGCCGGCGGCCGCCUCACCUCUGCACUCGCACGGCCCUGGGACGCCUUGCUCGGGCUUCCCGGAAGAGCAGCGCAGGGCCGGGCGUUGCUGGCCCUGCCCGCGACCGCCGACCCGGCGCCGCUCCGCGGGCGGAAAGGCGCAGGCGCGCUGCCCCCGCCGGUCGCUGCCCCCCGUCCGUCGCAGGGCUGACGCGGCGGCGCCGGCGCAGCGCGCUCCGGUCCGGCGUGUGGCGGCGGCGGCGGCGGGAGGGGGGCGGAGCGCGGCCCUGGCGGCUGCCGGGACGAGCCAGACGGCCCGACGGCCAGAGGUGAGGCGUGGGGCGGUGGGCCCCCGCGGGCCCUGA